AUGUCGGCUGUCGUUGAAAACACCUCGGCUUCGACAAUCCGGGGCGGUCAUGAGCAGUCUCGACCACGCAUCUCAGAGCCGCUCCAGUAUUCAGGGUCUCUGGACUCGUAUGCCCGUCAGGACCUGACGCCCGUCAUUGGUCGCGAAUAUACAGGGCUCCAGGUGGCGGAGAUCCUGAAGUCGGAGCAAUGCGAUCGAAUUAUCAAGGAUCUUGCAGUAACGAUCUCAAGCAGGGGUGUUGUUUUCUUGCGUGACCAGGACGUCACGCCGCAGCAGAUGCGCGACUUCGGCGAGAAGUUGACAUAUCUAGCAGGCUGCCCAGAAUCUUCCGGACUGCACAUCCACCCCCUGACAGAGGAAGGCAGUGAACUGGGCGACCAGAUCAGCGUGAUCAGCAGCGAGAAGCAGAAGAAGGGAGGCGGCCUCACUCACCAGCUUAGCGACACAAGUCGAUUCGCCUCUGUGGGUUGGCAUAGCGACAUCAGCUUCGAGCCUGUGCCCUCAGACUAUGCCAUGCUGAAGAUCCAUACGCUCCCGGAGACCGGGGGCGACACUCUCUGGGCGUCCGGAUACGAGAUCUAUGAUCGCUUGUCGCCCGCCAUGGCGGCGAUGCUGGAAUCAUUGACGGCGACGCACGACGCGACAUUCUUCCACGAUGAGGCGCGGAGGUUGGGCAAUCCGCUGCGCAAGGGAAUUCGAGGGUCGCCCCUCAACCAGGGAGAAGGACUGACCGCCGUCCAUCCCGUGAUCCGGACUAACCCGGUUACGGGGUGGAAGUCUGUGUAUGUGAACAAGGGUUUCACGAAGCGCAUCAACGGUGUCACCAAGGAUGAGUCCGACGUAUUGCUCAGCUACCUUUUCAAUCUUGUUACUCAAAACCACGAUGCGCAGGUUCGCUUCCGGUGGAAUAAGAACGAUUUGGCUGUUUGGGAUAAUCGGUCGACCUGGCACUGUGCCACGUACGACUACGCAGAAGCUCGGGCUGGCGACCGCGUCUGCAGUCUGGGUGAGGCACCUUACUUCGAUACUCGCUCGAAGUCGAGAAAACAGGCUUUGGGUGAAGCUUGA